AUGAGCGCAGCCGGGCCGCUUCCUGCAUUCCCUUCCGCGCCUACCGGAUCUCCGCGAGGCCCCGCGUCCCACGGCGACUCCGGUGGCAGUGUCGGCAUCAAUGGAGGCGGCGGCGGCGGCGGCGGAAACGGCGGCGAGCGUGCAUUCGCGCACAUCGACGACAUCAAGGCCGAUGCGCUGUCCGACGUUAGCCCUCAGCAGUCGAUCAGCAACCUGAUCCAGCAUGCCGAAAGGUCUCUGCAGCAAGCCAGAGGUCACAUCKAGUUCCGUCGCCCGGAUCAUGCGUUUAUGAACUAUCUUCGCGCGUGUGAAAUUGUAGUGGAGAUCAUACCCAAUCACAAGGACUACAUCCACUUCUUCCAUGAUCAGUAUGGUGGCCUUAGGACACGACUACUACAACAAAAGGUUGCUGGUAUGAGCGAUCAAUUCGCCAAUAUCAAGCAGAUCAUUGUGAACAACAACAGUCGCUCGGGUGUCCAACCGCGAGCGAGCCAACAGCACGCUUCCUCUCCUUCUCAUACGCGAACCGGCUCUGAGAGUGUGUUAAUGCCAUCAACACGUAAGGUGAAGCCUUCGAUAUCACCCAAGCCCGACAGCAUGCACGCACGAGCCAUAUCCUCUGUGAGUACUCCUAUGAAUGGCGCUUCUUCAUCACCAUCCGCGGAAGCCCUUUCGGAUCGUUUCGCGAAGCUUCGUGGUUUUGGACAGACAGACUCCGCGCGGCCUGGCUCAGGGGCUUCGACGUCUUCCGUGCAAGGCAUGCCCCUCUCGGGGCCUAAUGGAGAUGAUGGCGGCGGGAGUGCAAAUUUCUCGAGGCCACUCGGCCCUCGUGGCAUGCCAGAGAACGGCACUGGUCUGUCUCGUCCAUCAAAGCUGCCGCUCGAUAUAGACUGGGCCAUAUCCAUGCCGAAGCCGCCAAGUCCGACAUACAGCCCAGCGCGUAACAUGCAGACAACGGGGAAUAUCGCCGCGCCGAGACAUAGCGCACGAAGUCUGGCGGGCUCGAACAGUCGCAAGUCGUCCCUGGGACCUCGGUCGUCUGCAUCAUCCACUGCACCCAAUGGGGGAUCUGACUAUUUCUCGGCCCCAGUCUCAAACAAUACGGCAAUGACCACUCCUCUUGCCACUCCCCUUGGGCGAAGGAAGUCCGUGCAUAUGCCUCUUGAGACUCGAAUCGGCGCGGAAAGGCUAUAUGACUACCUGGACCGCUAUAGCAUCCUGCUCAUCGACUUCCGACCCAGAGACGAUUUCGAUCAAGGCCACAUCUACCACCGAAGCGUGAUAUGUAUCGAGCCAUUGGCCAUGCGACCAGGAAUGAGUGCCGAGGAGGUUAGCGAGGGCUUGGUUCUCUCUCCUGAAGAAGAACAAGACAUGUUCUACAACCGGGAUAAAUAUGAUGUUGUUGUCUAUUUCGAUGCCGAUACACAGUCCGAUGCGUACUUGAGCAGGCCAAGCACAGAGAGCGAGAUGAAACUGAAAUGCUUGCAUGAAGCGCUCUAUGACUACAACCAAGACAAACCGCUCCAGCGACCUCCAAUCAUGCUCAUCGGCGGAAUGGCUGCCUGGGUCGAUCUUUUGGGAAACCAGGCACUGAUAGCAUCAGAUACCAAGGCUCGGUCGAAACAGGGAAGACCUCUGACAAGACACCCUCCUCAACGGGAUGGCGCGAUGAGAGUCACCAAGCGACGGCUCAGAGAUUACAACCCUUUGGAUCCCGAGGAAGCAAAGUCAUGGCGUGAUCGUGCCAAAAGCGAAAGCGUAAGAGAGGCUCCACCUACGGCAUUUACUGCCGGAGCCGGUAAGGACGAGGAGCAGGAUGAUGUGGAAGACCAUUUCCCUAGUAUCGAGGAUUUCAACGCGCGGUUCGCCGAGGCCGCAACGAUUGGGAACGAGCCUUAUGCUUCGAGCAAUGGAUCAGGCAACCGUCCUACUCAGGAAUCAUCGUCCAACAUCCCACAAUAUCCCUCGCGACCCACUCCAUCAGUGCCCCCACAAGUACCUGCCCGUCCUGCCCCCGCAGCUCCCCGUAUGGGUUACGCAGGCGUCAGCGAUCGUGCAGUCUCUCAAAACACGCCACCACCUCGAACAUCCAGUAAUUUGGUGCCAUAUAUCUCUCCACGAUAUCUUACCGAGAAUUUGCGGAUACCCAAGACUGGGCUAAAGAACUUUGGUAGCACAUGCUACAUGAAUGCGAMUCUCCAGGCGCUCUCAGCGACCACUCCGCUUACCGUUCUGUUCCUCAAUGAUGGCUUCAAGAAACUCGUGCAAGAUAACUGGAAAGKCUCCCGUGGCGUACUUCCAGAGGUGUACAGCAAUGUGAUCAGAGAAUUGUGGAAAGACAACGUUGAUUUCAUCAAGCCAAGUACCUUCUUCAAUUUCUGCGGCCGCCUGAACAACAUGUUCCGUGAUCCGUCGCAGCAGCAAGACACCCAGGAGUUCUUUUCAUUUGUUGUAGACUGCUUACACGAGGACCUCAAUGAGCACUGGAAAGGGUCGCCGCUCCGCCAUCUCACCGAGAAGGAAGAAGCUGAACGUGAACGCCGGCCUCGACAAUUCGUCGCCAAAACGGAAUGGGACCGUUACACUCAUCGAGAGAACUCCUUCAUCACCUCUCUCUUCUACGGACAGCAAAGUUCUCGGAUGCGUUGCCGGCAUUGCAAUGUGACGAAUACCACAUACGAUCCUUGGUCAACGCWCCAGCUUGAGAUUCCCGACGCCAAGGAAGCUCAGCUCCAGUCCUGCCUCAGACACCACUUUAAAGAUGAGUCGCUCGACGAAAACAGCAUGUGGCGCUGCCCGAAAUGCAAAGUGCCUCGUCUUGCCAACAAGAAAUUUACCAUAACUCGCGCACCACAUUGCCUUGUCAUUGCGUUCAAACGGUUCAAUACUAGCGACGGACGGAAGCUCCAUACUGCGGUACGGUUUCCCUUGGAAGGACUGGACAUGGGAGAAUUCGUGCUGCCGGCUCCUUCUGUGGAAGAAGAGAAAUCCAUCCGGGCGACAUAUGGAAAUACUGCUCUUGAUGGGCUUGACCCAGGCAUGAGAGGACCGUUCAUCUAUGACGCGUAUGCGGUCGUGCGGCAUCAAGGCAGCACGACAAGAAGUGGCCAUUACACUUCUGCAGUGAAGGAUCGAGCCAGAGGCGUCUGGAGAUUCUUCAAUGAUACUCAGAGUUCGGACUUUCAUCCUGAGAGGCUGAGUUCGUCGCAGGCUUUGGAUAAUGAUCAGGCUUAUUUGUUGUUUUAUCAGAGGAGAGAGGUUGGGAAGGUUGGAGAUGGGAGGUUGUGA